UAAACGCCCACCAAUUUUAGCUUUUCCCCAUGGAAGGAGUGGUCUGUGCCUUCUCACGUGACCUGCUGGCUACAUAAACAGACACGACUGAAAACGGCUGAACGUUUGUAAAUUUGCUAUUCUUGUAAACGGGUAAGUAGAUAAAUGCAGUCACCAGUUAAACAGAAUCUCCACCCAGAGAGUGAGGUGGUGAUCAACAAACUCAUCAACAUCAAGCUGACAGCAUCUUACACCUAUCUGUCACUGGGUAUGUUUUUUGACAGGGACGAUGUGGCUCUCCCAAGCUUCUCAAGUUAUUUCCUCAAACGUUCUGUGAAGGAGAGGAAGCAGGCAGAAAGCCUGUUGGGAUACCAGAACAUGAGAGGUGGUCGAAUUUUGCUGCAGACUAUUGCGAAACCCAGCAGGGAGGACUGGAAGGGAGGAUUGGAUGCAAUGACUUUCUCUCUGGAGUACCAGAAAUCUCUCAACCAGUCCCUGCUGGAGUUGCACAACAUGGCCAACAGCCACACCGAUCCUCAUCUGUGUGACUUCCUGGAGCAGGACUUCCUGUCUGACAGCCAUGAUGUCAUCAAGCAGCUCGGCGAUUAUGUGGGCAGUCUGACCCGCCUGACUUCUGCAACCCAGGGGUCCAUGGGGGAGUACCUGUUUGACAAGCAUACUCUGUGACUUGAAGACCUUUGCCACAACCUAUAUUUCCCCCUUAGAUGGAGAAAAAUAAGAAUGGCUUGAUUAUUGGAAUCCAUUUCUAAUGACAAUACUUCAUACCUCAAUACCACAUACCUCAACCAAUACCUCUUGCUUUCAUUAAUGUACUGUCUGAAACCGGUGCUGGAAACGAACAUGGAUCUAACUCAUUCUCAUAACUUGUUUACAGUAUUAUGUGCAUGUGCGUGCUUGUACGUGCAUGAUGUUUAUGUGUGCUGGUACAUUUAGGUCCCCACGGUGCUGUACCUGGUUACAGAAGUCCACUGGGUCCACAUUCUUGAGAAAGGACCAACUCACUUUUUAAGCUCCGUUUGUAACCUUGUGGUUUAACUACUGCAGAUUACUUUGACUAUAACUUGGAAUGAUUUUGGAUUUGAAUGAAGUUGACUAAUUUGAUUAAAAUAAGAUUCCAAGAA